AUGAGUCCUAUACAGAUGGAAGAGGUCAAAAGGCCUAGUGUUGAAAAUCUGCAUACCGACAAAAGACAAAAGCCCCAGAAGAAGUACAAGAAAAAGUACAAGGCUAAAGAUGUGGACCCUACGCUGCCCAUGGGAGUGCUUCAGUUCGAAGUGAAGGAGAUUCUUGGAGAAAUUGGUCUUACUGAAGAGUACAUCACCAAUGACCUCAAAGAGAUUUUGAAUGACAAGUCGGUUGAAGAAAUCUACCAUAGAGAAGUGAAGGAUGUUGAGAUUCUACGAUUAUCAUCUAAUGGUGAUGGUCUUGCAGUGAUUGACCAUCCCGUGAGAAACGAUGGAAAACAGAUUGUUAUGGUUCCUUUCGGCUUGCCAGGUGACAUUGUGAACAUCAGAGUGUUCAAGUCUCAUCCUUUAUAUGUGGAAUCAGACUUGCUUUCCAUUGUUAAGCCUGGUGAUAAGAGAGACGAUUCACUUAUAAACUGCAAGUACUUUGGUAAGUGUUCUGGAUGUCAAUAUCAGAAUGUGGACUACCUGGAACAGCUUGAGUUCAAGAGAAACACUAUCGCCAAUGCAUACAGAUUCUUUGCUCCUGUUCUUUCCAAGGACGCUAAGCUUCCUGCCAUUUCAGCCACCCAGCUGUCGCCAAUACAGUAUAACUAUAGAACGAAGCUUACGCCGCAUUUCAACGUUCCUAACAAGAAGCCUGAAAACUACUACAGACCCAACAUGGGGUUUGGUGCCAAGGGGCGUCCUGAAUGGAGAGAAACUGCUGGUGGAGAGGGUUCAAUUUUGGAUAUCGAGGAAUGUUCCAUCGGUACUCCAAUUGUCCUUAAAGGUAUGGCUAACGAAAGACUCCGUUUUGAAAAGGAUUACGAGAAGUACAAGCGUGGAGCUACUGUGCUUCUACGCGAGAACACCAUCAUGCCAAAUUCCGAAGGCCAAAUUGAGGUUGACCAAGGCUCUAAAGAUACCAACGAUGAAAUCUCCACUGUGGAGGUCGAGGACAACAACACCAAGUUGGUAAAGACAUGCGUGACGGAGUCCAGAGCGAUUGUCAGGGAGUAUGUCAAUGGUUUUGUUUUUGAGUUCAGCGCAGGCGAGUUCUUCCAAAACAACAAUUCCAUCUUGCCAUUGGUCACGAAGUAUGUUGAGGACAAUCUACAGAUUCCAAACUCGAAGCCUGGUGAGCCUAACUACUUGGUGGACGCUUACUGUGGUUCUGGUCUUUUCUCGAUCACUUGUUCUGGAGGUGUUUCCAGAGUUAUUGGUGUUGAAGUCAGCGCCGAUAGUGUGAAGUUUGCCAGAAGAAAUGCAGAGAACAAUAAGGUUGAAAAUGCUGAUUUCAUUGUGGGUAAAGCUGAACAGAUCUUUGCCAACAUCGACACUCCAGCUGAACGUACGUCUGUGAUCUUGGAUCCACCAAGAAAGGGCUGUGACGACGUUUUCCUCAACCAGCUCAGCACUUACCACCCGGCUAAGAUCGUCUACAUUAGUUGUAACGUCCACUCUCAAGCCAGAGAUGUGGAGUGGUUCAUUAACAACACUGAGCAUGGCAAAGACUACCACGUUGAAAGCAUCAAGGGAUUUGACUUUUUCCCACAAACCCACCACGUGGAUCAGGUCGAAUUGUACGUGCCAAGAAAGUGUUCUGCUUCCAACAGAAUCAUCAAGGCCAAGGACCACGCUUCUGUCCAGAUCAACAUUGCCAACGUUGACGACGAGGGCAGAGCCGUUGCUGGUUCCAACACCACCUACGCCUUGUCUGGUUACAUCAGAGCCAGAGGUGAGGGUGACGACUCCAUCAACAGAUUGGCCCAGCAGGACGGUUUGUUGAAGAACGUCUGGUCUUACUCUCGUUAA